AUAGCCACAGAAACAGUUAACUACAUACAUUAUACACUGUAACAUAGUCAACAGCAAACACACACAGAUAUUGAGAUACACAAGCACACAAAGCAAACUGGGCAGCUUAGUCAGUCAGAGAAGGAUACACAUACACGCGCGCGGACACACAAACAUAAGCUGACACACACAUAAGCUGACACACACAUAAGCUGACACACACACACACAGAGUCAACCACUCGUACACAACCAAUUAGCCACACACCGCUACUAUAUUAUAUAGUAAAACACAAGCACACGCAAACAGCCACACAGAUCGAGUUGCCAGUGAAGUUUUAUUUUCUCGCUCCUUUUGUUAAGUUGUGCUCGGUGCUGUAAGGAUGUUCCAACUUCUCUCUAUAGCUGCUACCUUAUUAUCUUUCUUCUUAGCUGCUCUUGAAUCAGUGGCAUUCACUUACCCUCAUUACAGCACCCACAUAAAAAAGCGGUGCUUCCGCACACUUGGAUGUUUUUCAAUCAUUUACCCUUAUAACAACACUUAUCUUCUGCCUGAUAGUCCCUUUCUAAUUGGUACCCGGUUUUGGAUAUAUGCACCGUAUUCCAUUAAAAGGAAACCUCUCAGAAUCGAUGGAAAAUCCCGUAAGAAUCAUUUCAAGUAUAGAUUCCCAACAAAAGUUAUUAUUCCUGGAUUCAAUCCGAAUCAUGAGAACUUUAAAUGGAUCCACGACAUGGCCAUCGCCCUUCAACAUCAGGAACCAGCAAACAUUAUUACUGUGGACUGGAGCAGAGGAGCUGGAUUCCCUUAUGAACAAGCGGUGGCAAAUGCUCGGGUUGUUGGUAAACAGAUAACCAACCUGCUGCUUAAACUGAAUCCUACUAAGUUAAGAUUCUUCACAAAGUUACAUUUGAUUGGUCACAGCCUCGGAGCUCACAUUGCAGCAUUUGCAGCCAACGGAUUGAAUCAUACCAGCCGUAUAACAGGGUUAGACCCAGCUGGACCAAACUAUGAACGUGCCCCGAAAGAAGUUCGUCUGGACCCCAGUGAUGCUGACUUUAUCGAUGUUAUUCACACGGAUGGUUCGAUGUUCUCAGCCAUAAAAGGCUUCGGAACAAUGAAACAAAUGGGCGAUGUCGAUCUUUACCCUAAUGGCGGCAAAAAGCAACCCGGAUGCGAAGGAUCAUGGGCUCACCUGUUUUACCAAGCCUACAAAACUGGGUUGAAAAAUGCGUCUAAUUACGUUGGUUGUAGUCAUAGUAGGGCCAUAAAGUUGUUCAUGGAGUCCAUUAACUCAUCAUGCUUCAGAGCCGUCAAAUGUAGCAGUGACGCCGAUUUUGAAAAUGGCCAAUGCGUAUCAGGGGAAUUUAUUACUGUGGGUUACCACUUGUCUAAGAGGACACCGAAAGGAACUUACUACCUCAAUACGAUGAGAGCUUCUCCUUAUUGUGCACAUAACUACGUCGUCGAUGUGUACCUAGCUCAGAAUGACACCCUUCAUGGUGCUUAUAUCAAAGUUAUUGGAUUGAAAAGUUCAACAAAAAAUAUCAUUCUACCUAGCCAGCCAAACAGUCAUUCCGGUCGUUAUAGAUCAAGCGUUGUCGUCCUUACCCCUCAAGACUUAGGAGAAAUCGUGGAGGUUCACAUACUAUACAGACCGCCUACCAGAUUUGGUUUCUUCUUGUUCCGGUAUAAUAUAGAGGUACACGGUGUGUCGGUGAUGGGAUUGUCAUACCACACUAAGUUUCAGUCAUGCGAAAAAGCUACUAUUGUGAAGGGCCACAUUUACAAAUUCCAACAAAACAAUUUCAUCAAUACUUGUACGUGAAGAUGUCUGAACAAGUAGUCUGUGAUAUAAUAGAACCAACCAACAUUUAAUAUAUGUUUGUGUGUGCGACUCUCCUUCUUUCUCUUCUCUGACGUGGCUUUUGCUCCUGCCAACUUCUGUCCGAGUCACACUUAUGGUGGCUACUAAGACAACAAAGACAAACCAAUAUUCUUUUUGUUUUUACAUCGAAAAUAUAAGUUUUAAAAAAAUAGAAUAAAAUAAAAAUUUAGAUAAAAAUAUAAUAAAAUUACGACAGAAAAACAAAAGAAGAAAAACGCGUUCUAAUUUCAUGCUCACCAUUUUUGUGAAAAUAACGGUGUAGAAUUCAGAUUGCAGUUUUAAGAUAAAUAAGGCAUCAUCUGAUCGUAAUCCUAUCGUGUUUCUAAUCUGGAUUUAUUUUCUUUCAAAAGAACGGCUUAUGUUACCCAAUAUUUUAUUCUGUAUGAACUUAAUAUGUGUCUCAUCCGUUUCGUAGCUACUUGCAGACUAAUCUUCAAUGAAAUUUUUUCCCCGUCUAUCGUCCCCUUGCUCCCUACAGAGUAUAUUUCAAUGACAAGCUCUUCUUUGUGAAAAAAAAAAAGCUAACAAAUUAUCCACCCACUCCACACUGUAGGGCAAUUUUUAGUAAAAAUCUUUCUUUGUGUAAAGAGUUUUCCAUGAAUAAUCUUCAGUUUACACGCUAAAACUAUUCAUAAG